GCCCAGCGUCCUGCCAUGAUCAUUUACACCAGCGGCACCACAGGCAGGCCCAAAUGGGUUCUCCAUACUCACAGCAACAUCCAGGCCAUGGUUCAGGUUCUAGUGUCAGAGUGGGGCUGGUCCAGAGAUGAUGUCAUCCUUCACACCUUUCCCCUGCACCACAUCUAUGGCAUUGUCAACAAGCUGCUCUGACCUCUCUGGGUGGGUGCCACCACCGUCAUGCUGCCUACCUUCCAGCCUCAGAAGGUAUGGGAAGUCCUGCUCAGCUCCAAGGUUCUUAUGGUGAAUGUGUUCAUGGCUGUUCCAACCAUCUACUCCGAGCUUAUCCGGCACUAUGAGCAGCACUUCUCCCAGCCACACGACCAGGACUUUGUCAGGGCUGCCUGCAAGGAGAGAAUCAGGCUGAUGGUGUCUGGCUCGUCCGCCCUGCCUCAGCCCACCCUGUUACGUUGGGAGGAGAUCACAGGACACACCCUGUUGGAGCGCUACGGCAUGACAGAGAUAGGCAUGGCCCUGUCCAACCCCCUGGAGGGUCCUCGCAUCCCAGGUGCAGUCGGUGUCCAUCUUCCAGGAGUGGAGGUUUGCAUCGUCAUGACGAAAGCAGCCAGCACCACCGUCGCCGAGGGCAACAGCAGAGAAACUCAGGUAUUCAGUGCGUUGGAGGGGAAGGAGGGGGAGCUGAUGGUGCGGGGAGACCAGGUCUUCACAGAGUACUGGAACAAACCAGAGGCCACCAGGGAGUCUUUCACUGAGGACGGCUGGUUCAAAACAGGGGACACAGUGGUCUAUACGGAUGGAGUGUACUGGAUCAUGGGCCGCACCUCUGUGGACAUCAUAAAGAGUGGAGGCUAUAGGAUCAGUGCUCUGGAGGUGCAGCGACCCCUGCUAGCCCACCCUGAUACCACAGAUGUGGCUGUGAUUGGUGCUCGGGACGCCACCUGGGGACAGAAGGUGACAUCGGUGGUGCAGCUGAAGAGGGGGCGGAGCAUGACCCUGUCAGAGCUGAAGACCUGGGGCAGUUUACAGGCAAAACAAAGGACAUUAUUGUCACACUAGUUUUAUAGCGCCAUGAAGCAGCAUUAGUAAAAAUAUAAAUAUAUAUAUUAAAACUCCCAAUAAAUGUAGAGGUAUUUAUUUGCUUAUAAAUCGUAGAUCUACUGUAUAUUAGAUUUGUUGGUAUGUCUGCUAGCUAGCUGUGCUUUGUCAUGCUGCUCCAUUCCAUCAACCAUUUGGUGUUCAUGGUUCUGUGGUUUUACUAUUUGGGAACAUGCGAAAACCUUAAAUUGUGUGUUUUUGAAAAUAGAAUUUUGUCCACUGCAUUUAUUGAAUUAGAGGAAGACUUCACUGCUCAGUCCCCCGGGGAGUCAUCCAGACUUGUUUAUAGUAACUGCUGCUGAAGCCUCAAAAUCAAUAGCAACCUAACUACUGGAGAGAGAGAGAGAGAGAGGCCACUCUCAUUUAACUGAAGGGGCCAAGGGCAGAUGUGGACUGAUGAAAGGAGCUGAGGAGAGAAUAGAGAGAGAGGGAGGAUGAAGAAAGGAGGGAUGAUGAUGGAGGUCUGUCAGGCAGGCAAGCCGUUGCUGUUUCGGUCUUGGCUUCUUUUUUGCUCUAAAUGUCACUGUGGUUUUAUUUUGCCCCCCAACACUGGCAGAAGACACAUGUCCCUUUCUGUGGAAUGGCUCAGGCCAUCUCUCUCCCUCCUUGUGCCCCCCCCCCUCUCUUACUCGCUGUCUGUAUUCUUUCUUUCUGUCUCCCUCUGUCUAUCUCCCUCCAUCUGUCUUUGUCUUUCUCUCUAUCACUCUCUGCCCACCCUGUGUGUGUGUGUGUGUGCGUGUGUCUGUUUGUGCUGCGGGCUCCAUAUGGCGUGGGGGUGUGCCGGCCCUACUGCUGUGCCCUGCUGGUCCUGCAUGGUGGAUUAGCAGCGCUGCCUGUCUGCCAAUGACCCUGUCACCCCCCACCCACAGGUGCUGCCUGCGGACGGGCAAGCACAGGGCCAGCCAGGGUGAAGGAGAUGGAGAGG